AUGCGCUCCUCCAACCAGGCUGCUGCCUCUGCUUCUUCCCGGCUGCACCUCUGUCUCCUGCAGCUCCUGUUGCUGCUGCUUUGGCCGGCUCCUUUGGGCGGCAUGGAGAACCCCAAAGGAAAGCAGAAAUCGCAGCUCCGCCCCAGGGAGGUGGUGGACCUGUAUAAUGGAAUGUGCCUACAAGGACCUGCUGGGGUGCCAGGCAGAGAUGGAAACCCUGGGGCCAAUGGCAUCCCGGGUACUCCUGGAAUCCCGGGUCGGGAUGGAUUCAAAGGUGAAAAGGGUGAAUGUCUGAGAGAAACCUUUGAAGAGACCUGGUCACCCAACUAUAAACAGUGUUCAUGGAGUGCACUUAACUAUGGCAUAGAUCUCGGAAAAAUUGCAGAAUGCACAUUCACAAAGAUGCGCUCCAAUAGCGCUCUCAGGGUGCUUUUCAGUGGAUCCCUUCGGCUGAAGUGCAAAAGUGCCUGCUGUCAGCGGUGGUAUUUUACUUUCAAUGGGGCUGAAUGCUCUGGACCACUUCCCAUUGAGGCCAUAAUUUAUUUGGACCAAGGAAGCCCAGAGAUGAAUUCAACUAUUAAUAUUCAUCGAACUUCUUCAGUGGAAGGCCUGUGUGAAGGAAUCAGUGCUGGGUUAGUGGAUGUCGCUGUCUGGGUUGGCACUUGUGCAGAUUACCCCAAAGGAGAUGCUUCAACUGGAUGGAAUUCAGUGUCCCGAAUCAUCAUCGAAGAACUCCCCAAAUGAAUCCUGCCAAGUCCUCAUUCCCUACCUCCUGUUGAUUACAUUUUAAACAGUUUAUUUUAAAAAACAUUUUGUACUUUAAAAAAAGUUAACUUUUUUACAGAUGUAGUACACUAGUGAGUAUUCAAACUUUUUUUUUAAUGUCAUUUUUACUGAUGUUAACGUUGGUUUGAGGAAUUUGUUGUUGGUACAAACACUUCCCUCCAAACUCUCAUCCCCAGACCCCAUUAUUAGCAGCCUGAUCUUUUGUCAGACAAGCUAUUCCUUCUCUCUUUCCCUACCUCUGUUUUGUCAAUGUAGCAUCUAAACAAAUUCACAAAGGCCAUUAUAAAGGUUGGAGUUGUUUAAUAUUGUAUGUUAAAUAAAACCUACUAUAAAACAAAUUUUAAGACUAAAGUCUCUAAAUGAGGAGCUAUUGAAGAACCAAGAUCCAACAGAAUCAGAGCUGUCUAAAUUGGUACUUUCUUUUCUUUCUUUUUUUUUUUUUUAGGUCUGUUGGAUUUUUUUUUAAAUGGAAAGGAGA